CAGGCAUGGUGAACGGCGAACAAAUCAGUCAUGGACACGGAUAGUGAGGAAGAGUUCACCAAAGGGCCGAGGGCCCAUUUCGAAAUGCUUCUGACACAGCAUAGGACCGCAGCCAAACCACCGCCGAAACACCACACCAUAGACGCCAUCCUAGGUCUAUCCCAAGAUUCCCAGGACAAACGCUCGCCAAAUAUGCCAAACCUCUUCGGGAGCGGUUUCCUGACAAUCUCGUACGAAAAGUUCCCUAGUGUCAAAGGCCGAGUGGAACAAGGCUCAUGUCGAUCCGUGAACGAGUUGAGAUCCACCUCCGGUGAGGAUGGCGAGGACGAGCACGGCAACUCCUCCGUCGGCCCUGAUAAGAAAAAACACCGCAGGAACCGAACGACAUUCACCACUUACCAGCUGCACGAAUUAGAAAGGGCGUUCGAGAAAAGUCACUAUCCGGACGUUUACAGCAGGGAAGAACUCGCCAUGAAAGUCAACCUACCGGAAGUUAGAGUACAAGUCUGGUUCCAGAACAGAAGGGCGAAAUGGAGACGACAGGAGAAGAUGGAGGCGGCGCGGAUGGGGCUGAAUGAGUUCCACCAGCCUGGUGUAGGAGGGAGGGUCGGAGGGCCGUCUCUCUCCCUCCCGGUAGAUCCUUGGUUAGCACCUCCGAUCUUGACCGCCCUCCCGGGAUUCCUGGCACACCCGCACACCGGCUACCCGAGCUACCUGACGCCACCGGUGCCGACUCCGGAGCCGCCCUCGACGCCUCCCAGCUCGCCGCAUUCCUCUCCCGACCUCAGGACGACCUCAAUCGCCGCAUUGAGACUCAAAGCGAAAGAACACGUCGAAUCGAUGACAAAAGGACUUCAAAUUACUUAAAACUCGUUUUUAGCUUCGUUUUUCUUUUCU